AUGUUCAGAAGCCUCCUUGCCACACUGUCUCUGGGGACUUCCGUGGUGGAUGCUGCGCUGACUCAAGGGUAUUCCACGCAGGGCAUACAGCACGAUGGAGUCCAGCGGGAGUUCAAGGUCUAUCUUCCGAGCAACUCAGUCUAUACUGGCCUCUUCUUGAUGCACCAUGGUUGGACAGAGGACAUGGACUCUGCAUGCUCCUACGGAGAGAUCCAGAAGUAUGCAGAGGAGUACGGAUUCGUCGGUGUUUGUCCCCAAGGGCUCCGUUAUGGGAAUGGCGAAACCGGGUGGAAUGUUGGCACUUGUUGUGCGGGUGCAGACACUGCGGGCACCGACGAUGUGGGAUUUAUCAGAAAGGUCGUCGAGUUUGUCAAUGCAGAAGUGAGCAUCCCUGCAGGUCGCACCUAUGCCGGUGGCUUCAGCAACGGUUGUGCAUUAUCCUUCCGCUUGGCUUGCGAGCUCUCGGAUGUGAUUUUUGGUGUCGGUUGUGCAGGAGCUGCAUACGACCAUGCAUACACCGGACGCGGAGUCUUGAGCUGCAAUCCCGCGAAUCCCCGCCCAUAUUGGUCCCAGAUAGGCAGCUUCGACAGCUACUUCAGCGUGACGGACAGCAAAGCCGGAUGGCGGAAAUACGCCACAGAAGUUCUUGGCUGUGGCAGCGCUACAGAAGUGGUCUACAACGAGGAUUCCGUGACCUGUGAGGAGCAUGCGUCAUGCCCGGCUGGGAAGUCUUCACGCUUCUGCGAGAUGUCUGGCCUUUGGCAUGUAUAUCAGAGCAGCAGCCUGAGCCCUUGGGGAAAGAGUCCUACGGAAGCUGCCUGGCUCUACUUAUCGGAAAGCUCUGAGGAGGACUCCACUUCGACUUCGCGCUCCGAGGACUCCACUUCGACUUCUACCGAUGCGCAAACCUCUGGGAGCCCAGCUGAUCCCGCCAGUCAAUGCAAAGAGACGUCACUUCGCAGCUUGGCCAUGCUCCUUGUGCUCGUCCUCCUGCACUGGGCGGCGUAG